ACACCCAAGAAGAAGGGUCUACUUAUUUCUAAUUUCGAACAAGGAGAUCGACCGGAAGCGGAAGUUACAGAAUUCCAAGCCCCAUUAGGACUUGGAGUUCUGAGUUUUCCAUCUGCGACUUUUGAUUUCUAAUAAAUUUUCACUUUCUUAUAUAUUCUCGACCUAAUCAACGAUUCAGUUUCUUAAGAAACAUCAUCUCUUCCUUUCUUGGAGUUCUCGAUUUUUUUCCUUUCUUCUUAAUCAAGUUUUGGAGAUUCAACGAAACUGCAAUUUUGAGGUGUUCGGAAUUGCUGUUGAGACGUUCGGAGCUGUCUGUUAAGGACUGCACUUUUUUUGUUCAGAGCUUUACAUUGAAGGUUUAGUGCAAUAACUGAUUGAAUAGUUUCAGCAGCAUGGAAGACUGGGAGGAUGAAUCAGUACCUGCAAUUCUUAAGAAGGAGCAACCUAGGAAUAUGUGGGAUGAUGAAGAUGCAGAUGAGAAUGAUGUGAAGGAUUCGUGGGAGGAUGAAGAGGAGCCUACUCCGGCACCUGCACCUCCUGCAGAAAAUGUGUCCAAAAUACCUGGGACAAAAGCUAGUGACAAGAAAGGAAAGGCUGCUGAAGUAUCAAAACAAGCACCUGCUUCAGUGCCCCUAGACCCAGUGGCAGAGAAGCUUCGCCAACAAAGACUUGUGGAAGAAGCUGAUUAUAAGUCCACCAUAGAACUUUUUUCUAAGAAAGAAGACGGAAAGACACUUGAUAAUUUCAUGCCCAAAACUGAAAGCGACUUCAUGGAGUAUGCAGAGCUUGUUUCUCAAAAAAUCAGGCCAUACGAGAAAAGCUUCCAUUACAUCGGCCUACUCAAGGCAGUGAUUAGGCUGUCAUUGACUUCUCUUAAAGCAGCAAGUGCAAAAGAAGUUGCUUCAUCGGUAACAGCAAUUGCAAAUGAAAAGCUCAAGGCGGAGAAAGAAGCCAAUGUGGGUAAAAAGAAAACAGGUGCAAAGAAGAAGCAGCUUCAUGUAGAUAAGCCAGAUGAUGAUGUGGUUGUUAAUGCUUAUGAUGCUCUGGAUGACUAUGACUUCAUCUAAACCCUUCCAGAAAUUUCUAUUUCAUUUUUUCUCCUGUUGACUAGGAUCCAAUUGCUCAAACGUGAAUUACAGAUGAGGAUCCUAAGGCCUUGCUCCCUCCAAUUCUGGAUAUUGAUUUUGAGUGCGGUUAUUUGCGGUUUGUUGAUUACGAGAAGCGAGUUAGGUUCACCAUACCAUGUCUUAUAAGGAAAGUUUCUUUCAUGUUUAUGAACAAAUUUUAAUUUUAGUUAACAGACAGAGUAGAUACGUAAUAUGUUUUUAAUUGAUUUUGUAAGUAAUAUUUUUUAUUUAUUUUUUCGUUUUGGUGCCUACUUUGUAAGUAUUAUAGUAAAUGUGUUAAUUACAGUGAAAUGCUUGCUUCUUGGACCAAAA